AUGGACCAAAACUCCUCUGGUCUCCAAAGCAAGAGGACAGCAGCUCCCCACAGCAGACAAAAUAAAACCCAAGACUCUCUAAAAGAGACCUCCAACCUCCCAGAUGACACCCAAGGUCAUCAAGCCAACAUGCAAGCACGUAUGCCCAUCAGCCACCCUCAAGAACACAACAGCCGGGACCUAUCAACUUCCACACCUAUGACCCGAAGGGUGAGCAUCCAGGAACCACCAGCAACCCUCUUUAUUCCUCGGAAGUUCAGCACCCCGGCUUCUUUCCCAUACACCAUUCCUCCUCAAAGGUCAAGCACUCAAGAGACCCAGUCUCAGAGUCCCCAGCUCGAAACACAAGACAUACAAUCCGUUGCCUACAAUCGCUGGCUCCGUUCCAGAGAGGGCUCUUCCCAUUACCAUUAUCACGAACUCGACAUCCUAAACUCUCAAACCCUGUGCAGUGUCCAGUCAGAAAUCAGCAGCUUACACAUUGACACUGGCAGCCACCUCUCCUUGAUCCAGCCACACAAGCCCAACAGAAAACAAACGAGGCCCAAUGUAGAUGUCCCCCCAUCCAUAACUUGCAGCCCAGAGGCCAGCGUCAGAAGUUUUGAGUCCUUUGUCUGGGACUCCAAGGAGAGCUUGACAGGAUUGUCAUACUACUCUAUGUCCAGUCAGAGUAAUCUAGGCAGUUUCUUCAAACUGUCAAACAGUUCUCCUACAACGGGCUCCAGUAGGGCACAGAGCAAACGCUGGUCACUGCUGCCCAUGGGCUGGAAGCUGUUGCUCGAAGCCAAGAAGAUUAGCCGGUACCUUAGCCUGGUGCUGACUGUGGCUGGCAUGCUGAUGCUCAACCUCAUCGCCUUGUGGCAACCUUGGAUCCACUUCCAAGUGCCUCUAGUGCCCUCAUGGGACCCCACAGGCCCCAAGAGCAUCCCCAUCGACACCAUCUUCUUCAUGCGCUGCCCUGACAUUUCCUGCAUGAAUGAAUAUGAUAAGAAUGCUUACUUGCUGGACCUGGCUUGGGCCUGCCUCCUCGUCUCCGGUGUCAUGAGCUUCUGUGUGUGCAUGGGUCUCAUCAGCACCAUAUUCUUCCCCAGCACCAACAUGCCCUUGAUGGACUUCUCUCUCUUCAUCUGCAGCCUCAUGACAGGGAUCAGCAUCAUUCUGGCAGUCCUGUUCUACCUGAUGCAAGCCCGCAAGUUCUUACAAGAAGACAUGACCUACACACUGGGGAGCAGCUUCUACCUGGCUUGGAUCAAUGUCUUCUUCUUCUUCAUGAUUGGUCUGUUCUCCUAUCUGAACUACAUGAACUUCUGGUCCAUCCUGGCAGUCCAGGCUUUGUGGUCUUAG